AUGACGGACGAUGCCUUUCAGGCCUAUAUGUCUGCUGCAGAGACAGGAGACGUCGCUGUCCUGCGCCGUCUCACAAAUUGUCACCGAAAGGCUACGGCUGCUGGUACCACAGCACUUAUGAUUUCGGCAUCACACGGGCACUUGGGCGCUGUUUCACUGCUUGCACCUCAUGAGUCCACCAUGAGAGACCGCAGGGGCUACACAGCGCUGAUGUAUUCCACUGAAAAGGGAUCCGUGGAAAUCCUUCAGUGCCUCUCGAAUGAGGUCAAUAUUAGCGCAGACAAUGGGAUGACUGCUUUAGAACUUGCAAUGCAGCACAGACAGCAUAAGAUAGCAGAGGUGCUCUACCCUCUUGAGCAGGCCAAGGCAAAGAUCACUCCCCUCAUGUGGGAGUCGUUCGUUGGCAACGUUGCAGCGGUGCAUCAGUAUAUUCAGUAUGCAAAAUGUCAGGCGGCUGGUGGCAUGACGGCAUUGAUGUUUGCAGCGCUGGCUGGGCACAUAGAGUGUGUGAAGAUUCUCGUUAAACAUGAGCUAAAGAUGCGGAACAACAGUGGCAUAACAGCACUAAUGUUUGCAGCCAUACAUAAUCAUGGUGGCAUCGUGAGUCUUUUGCUCAAGGAGGUGGGCAUGCGCGACAAUGGAUUCCUAACUGCGUUGAUGAGGGCCUCUAAGAAGGGGAGUACAGAUGCCAUUAACAUUCUCACAAAACAUGAAGCUCAGUAUGUUGACGAUAACGAUAACACUGCGUUAAUGUUCGCUGCAUUAUCCGGAACCGUCGCCCAGUCUGCAGCCUUGAUACCGAAGAUCUCUAGUUGGGCAAACGCAGAGGGCCGUACAGCACUGAUGAUUGCUGCUCGAGCCGGAGACCUCAAUGGGGUCAGGCUGCUGAUACCAAAGGAGAAAGGCAUAAGGGAUAACCAAGGCAUGACAGCCCUCAUGUUUGCAACACAGGCUGGGCAUAUAGAUGUGAUCAAGGAACUAAUAAGUCAUGAAGCAGAAAUGCAAAGCUCAACAGGGAAGACUGCCCUUAUGUUUGCUGUCGAGGCUAACUGUCGAGAAGCCGUCGAUCUCCUUAUUUCUAAGGAAGCCCGUAAGCAAGACAAUCUUGGCACUACGGCGCUCAUUAUCGCCACUUCUCUCGGUCUUUUGGAUAUAGCCACCCGCUUGUUUCCGUAUGAAAAGCUCAUUGUCAGGAAGGAUGGAUCCACCGCCCUGAUGACUGCUCUGCAAAGUGAUAACACAGAAUUGGUCUCUCUCUGCAUGGAGGAGGCGGGCUUGAAGACUGAGUUCGAGGAUACCGCGCUCAACAUUGCUUUGCAGCUAGCCUUCUAUAACUCGGCACAGCUUCUUAUGCGAUCCUCUAAGGAGCGAGAGUUAAUCGGAAUGACUGACCUGAUGGUGGCCUCCUUUUGCAACGACAUCGAGGCGGUCAAGAAGUAUGCUCCGACACAGAAAAUGAUGCAGGAUAGGCAGCAGCGUACGGCACUAAUGUAUGCGGCAAUGAAAGGCAACGUAGAGUGCAUACCGCUUCUGAUAGAUGAAGGCUCAAUGGUCGACAUAAACGGCUGGACCGCAGACACAUACUCUGCCCGUUACUUUCAUGAUAAGUUUACCAGCGCCCUCUGCACUGCACUAGAAUCCCAAGACUAG